AUGCUUGAGAAACUUUCUCGAGUUACACGCGUUGCACCGGUUGGUCUCAUGAUGGCGCUUGAUGUCAUUCUUGCCGAAACUGUCGUAAGUGAAAGCAAAGCAAGCAGGGCGACAGCCCCAACAACUUUGCGCAAUCUCGAUCUCGCUUACUCGUCUGCCUGUCUGCUCGCCUCACGACUGGGGCCAUUUGACCUUUGGGUCUUUUACGAGAAAAGCUUCCGUGUGGCUUACGCGCAGGGUCGUCCAACAAGAAACGCCUUCGCCACUGCGGCGCAGUCCAUGACGCCAUGUUAG